AAUUUAAGGGAGUAGUAAAGACUUUGUGUAACGCUAAACGUUCGCAUAAUUAAAAGCUCUGCCUACAGUCCCCAGACGCAAGGAAAAGACGAACGCUCACACAGAACGUGGAAAGAGAAAAUAAAGUUUGAUUUAACCAACAACGCCGAUCUUAAUUGGGUGGAGUAUCUUCAACAGUACCAGCAACUCUAUACUGAAUCGCCACAUCGCUCUCUUGGUCUAUUUCUCCAUUUGAAGUGUAUUUCAGUGGAAAGCCAAAUAGGUAUCUAAGAAAACUGUUUCUUGGGGGAAAAAAGGAAUAUGAAGUUCCAGAAGAAAACCAAAACAGUUUUCAAAUGGACGAUAACCAGAGAGAACUAAUAGAGCUAGAAAGGGAACGAGAUUCUAUCAGACAGAAAGCUCUUAACUCGUCUAAUGAGGCUGCGCAGUAUAUGGUAAAGAGGGAGCUAAAUCGAAAUCCACCUUCACUCUAUAACAAGGGAGAGACAGUUUUGCUUCGAAUCCCUGUAUCAAAGAAAUUAGUCAAGGGAAAGAAAAACUCGGUAAAGAGCACCUGUGAGGGGUUUAACCAUGAGGCCGAUCAUUCUAUGCACAAGUAUUUUAUUUGCUAUAAUGAUCCAGUGACACUAAAGAGCAAAAAGGGCUGGUUUAAGGUAGAUGAUGUUACCUCACUAACAAAAGAAGAAGAAAAUGAGAGACAGGAAAGGGCAAAGGGUGACAGCAGCAAACGAAAUACCACAUGCAGAAAUGAGUGGAUGGCAGACUGCCAGCAAGCUUUCGACAACAGCGAAUUGCUAAAGACUCGGUUGAAUAAGGAAGUGGGAAAUGCAGGACUUACGUAUCGCCAGCCCCCAACCCCCGCAGAUGGGAACUGUUUAUUCCAUGCGAUGAACGACCAACUAAUUCGCCUAGGAAGAGUAUCGUGCAGUGCCACAAAAUUGCGAUCUGACCUUGUAAAUUAUCUCCGAAGUAAUCCAUCCACUCCAGACGGCACUCAUUUUAGUGAAUUUGUCAGUCUUGGAGCAUGGGACACCUAUCUGCGAAGAAUGACCAUGGGUGACUGGAUUGCCUUACAGGGCCUAAUUAACAUGCUGGAAAUCUCGAUGGCUGUUGUAUCAAGCUUAGGAGAAACGGGGUUCAACGUCAUUUGUCCAGCUGCUUGUGAAAACAAAGAGCAAGCCACUGGGGAUAUGGCCCUGCUGGGCCAUGAAGCUGAGCUUCAUUACCAUAGCCUGGAACCAAGAGCAUCGCAGAAUUCCCAACUAGCAGCUGUUCAGGAAUUAAAGCAGAAAUACGGCGUGGGGAAAAUAACUAAAGAAAUUUGCCCCAGAUGUGGAAGGCAGUUCGAGUGUUACUCACACGGCAUCUUGCAUAGCGGUGAAGGUGGAGCUUUACAGGUUUAUUCAGACGACAGCGUUUUUUGCAACAGUUGCCUCCUGGAGGAGUUUUAG